AGUGACAAAAAUCGAUAUUGAGUUUGCCGACCAAUUUAUUGCAUUUGACAAAAGGAAGAAUUUGUCUGAGUUUCAAAGCGAAAUAUUGUCAGCCCCCCCCCCUUUACUGAAAGCUAGCUCCGCCCCCUUUUUCGUCAUUGUUCGCAAAGUAUAUUUUCAUGUAUAAAAAUUAUGUGUCAUAUGAUUCUGUGCAUAGGGGAGGAGAGGGGAUUUGUGGCUCGUUAUUAUGCCCUUAAUGUGCCACAUUCCGUUUCCAAAAAGUGGUAACAAAUUCAACAUUUUCAAAGAGCCCACUCUCGCGAUGAAUUAGACACCUUUCAGACCGUGGUAAAAAUUCUUAACACUUAGCAAUCAUCUUACAUCUCUUCAUUAUUGAGAACGAUACUGGCAGUUGCGGCUUGUGCUCUAUCCGACGCACUCACGCAGGCUGAACAUUGGAAGACUGUGUUAUUGUGAUGACAUUGCGUUAUUGUGACCAUAGUACCGCCCGCCCAGAUUGAUAACAGUCAUAGGAACAAUGUCACAGUACCCGUUGCAGGGGUUGAAUAAUUACAUCCAAGUGCAGAGAGUAUUUGAUCGCGCCAACUGCCGUGAAUAUUAAUAGUUCCAAAACUCACAGCAAAAAUCGACAGACAAAACGGAAAACGAAGAAUAGUUGAUCACCGGCUGUGCCGUCAAGUGUCAGGAAAUAAAACGGUGAUUACGGGACGGGAACCAACAAAAGCCGGUCCACAGUCCGCGCGCACCGCUAGCCCCGUGUACGUCUAUAAGGCCCUACUUCCGUCAGCGUAAGUCGGGCACGGAGUGUUGUGUUCACUGAAGAGACCUGAUAAAUUGGCACAGCUAUAUGCUGGGAAUUCCGAGGUGACCGGUGAAAUUGAGUGGGACAACUUUCCACAGGUGCGAUGGGAUGCUAUACCUGGCGAGACAGGGGAGUGCGUGCGUCAUGAUUGUGAAACUCUCUACGAAGAUCUGGUUUCGCUCUAUGAGCGACAUUCACUUUGGAGCAUUGGUGUGUGUUGCGUCUGAGGAGGUCUAGCUGAACCUCAACAACAGUCGGCAAUUUCUGGAUAACUUGUUUGUGUAAUCUCUCCAAAGGACUCGGCAUCAACAACUUCAUUUUCCUGCAUGUGGCGUUUAUUGCAGUGAUUGUGUUAUAGACAUGGAGCGUUUGGCAGGCAUACCAAAUAAACACCAGGCAUUGUAUUGACAUGUCUUUCGUACUUCGCGUGAAAUGCUUUGAAAAAUACAACGCGGCCAGUAUGAAGACAAGGUAGAUGUGAGUCGUUUUCAACUUAACACAGUUGAUGCAUCUAUGGUCCGGCAUAAAAAAAUUAAACAUUCUCUGUUAAUUAACAAAAAAAGAACAGCCAUUAUUCUGUGUUUUCCCAAUGGAUUAUCAAGCUCAAAAGUGUGAACAACAUGAGCCCCAUCCGAAUCUUUUGGGCCUGAAUUUACGUUCCAUAGAUUUGAGAGUGACCCUAUAGCUUUCUUCCCGCAAGUUUGCCUUUUGCUUCAGCUUUCGAAACGUGAUGUUGAGCUCUUUCCGAUCGAACAAUUCACCAGACUCAAUACGCACUCGAUAACUGAAUACACAAUAACGAGCCGGACUUACAGGGAACCUGCAGGUUUGCAUUUUAAUAAAAAAAAAAUUGACUGAAAAUUUGAUUUCCAAGAAGAUUUACCAUCCAAGGUUGCCCAUCCAGCGCCGGAAAAUAGAUGGAACUAACGGCGGACAAUUCCCGUAACACCGCUGGCGGUCGGCUUAAUUGCGAUGGUUUGCGGACGGGAAAUCCAUACCCGUGACGGUCUCGAGUAAGAUUUCAAGUGCGAAUUUGUCAUUCUGAAGUUUGGUGAAGAGACAAAAACCCGAGUGCCCCUGAGGGGAGGACAGUUACUUCAACAGCAGAUUACAUCGAACGGUGAGUGUUGAACAUCAUUGCAAUUUGUGUUCAGUUUGUUAAAUUUUAUAAAAUCCUGUUGUGUUCUUUUGUAUUUCAGAAUCCCCCGUUCGACCAAAAAUUUCCCCCCGUAAAAAGAAAGACUAAAAGUCAAAAGCUUCGAUCCCACAUCACACCAGUACUGAAACGGUUGAAUGCGACCCCAUAAUGAAGUGCCAUGACAAGUUAACUGUAUUGUGGCUGGGCGUCCCGACACUUUUGUUUUACUCAACCGUAUAUAGUAGGAUGCAAAAAAAAUAUGCUAUAAAAACUGUUAAGUUGGGACUGAGAUAAAUUCAUAUUUUGUUUGACUUUACCUGACAAUGUCAUGACUCGCCCAAAGACUUUGUAUAGGCGACCACAAAAGUGGCGUCAAAAAUAACACAUUCCUUCAUUUUGCUGUCUAAAGUAUCUCUACCAAUUCAAGCCCAAUUCGAUUCUAAGUUCUAGAAAUAAAAUAACCGUGCACGGAAGGGUGUGUCAGAUAACUGGAGACGGUUGGUGCAAAAUUAAGCAUAUUCUCCAAGUUAAGUCUUGUCAACCUCAGGCAAGCAUGCACGACGGUAUAUACUAUCGAAAACGCCGCUAUUUGAAUCAGUGGCAAAUGUGUACAUGUGUAAUUAACAUUACUUUCACAUUGUUUGCAGUAUGGAUUGUCUUCACUACAGGAUGAUUGUACUCUAAUAAAAUAAGAACAUCCUAUUGUUUCCAGUAACUUAUUUAUCUAUUAGGCCCCCGCUUUUGCAAAUGCCCAAAUUGAUACCACUAUUCUCCGAAUUUGACAAAGAAAAACAAAAGCGCAUUGUAAGUAUUAAAAUGUAUACCAAAUAAUUGAGUGCCUUCUCCAUACUGCAGGAAAUGGGGAUCCCAUGCCUCUAACUUAUAACUUUGGGGAUGCAGUGGAAGUUGGUGUAACUUUAGCUCAUCCCUCAUGUCUCUCUCCAGCAGGUUCGAGAUGCCGCGUCUUUAAAUCUCAAGCAACUGCACAUUGAUUCCACAUUAUUGUAAUCCUGUAACAGCCAAUCAAAAUGUGGUUUGAGGUUGGGCAUAACUUACCAUAAUGUAUUCGUCCGCAGUGUGUCGUUAAUAUAGAGACAAUUACAAGUGUACGGGAUAUGUAUGCGGUUCGUGAAAAGUAACUUCAUGUGGUUAUAAUUAUCACCACUUUGUGUGAUUAUGCGUAUACCACUUCUAAUGGUAUAAUAAUUGACGCCUAUAAUAUACAGUAUCCCACCAUGCCAGAAACGGAGUUAUACGACAACUACCUAGUGAGCGUAGCUCCCCCUCAACCCAGCGCGGAGGAUGAAGGCGGGGUGGUGUACACGCCUCCUCCACUAGUCAACGGGACCUCCUGGCGGAUCCCAGCUCAUAAAACCCUGGUGGUGUCACUACGGCAACAGAAUCACAUCAAGCCCAUGGUCUGUGCUGCCUUCUUAUGUAUCUUGGCCGUCAUUGCCAUAGUUCUGAUUUUCAAUGCUUUAUUUUCACAGCCGAGCAAAAGCCUGAAUUCAAGUAUUCAGUUUCCGGAGUCUAACAUCCCGGUCACCCUGGAGGGCAUAUUACCAGCCCAGUGCGGCACCAGGCCAGCAUAUCAGGCCACCAAGAGAAGGAAGCGGAUCGUGAAUGGUGAUCUAUCCUCUGAGGGCCAAUGGCCCUGGCAGGUGGCGCUGGAGUAUAAAGGGAGGUACAGGUGUGGUGGAGUGGUGAUUGCUAGUGACUGGGUCGUGACUGCUGCACAUUGCAUGUACAGGGAACAAGGUUGGCAGCGACUCAAUGCCAGUGACUUCACCAUCCAUGCAGGCAGCACGGUCAGAAACCAGACGGUAAAAACCAACAUGAACGUUCAGAUCAUGACAGUAGAGACGUUUUACAUCCACCCGCGAUACCUAGCCGAGAGACGGAUUCAUAACUAUGACAUUGCCAUGUUGAGGUUGGCCCAGUCGCUGGACUGGGAUAGUGGGUUUGUGAUGCCAGCUUGCCUUCCACAGAGCGGUAUGCAGUUUAGUGCUGGGAGCGAGUGCUACUUGGCUACCUGGGGAAGCAUUAAACCACGAUUGGUCCUGCGUCCUGAGCAAACCUACAUCUCCAUGCCCCUACUCUCCAGGGAGGAAUGCUACGCAUUUGCCUCAACCAUCUCCCACACACACACGCUACAAGUCAAUGAACAAAAGCUGUGUGCUGGGAUAAUGCCGACAGUCAGCGGACGGCGGGCUGGGGCAUGCGAGUUUGACAGUGGCAGUGGACUAGUCUGUCUGAAUAGUGACAUGGAGCGAGGGCAGCAGGGGAGCUGGUACAUCGUUGGACUAGUAAGCAGUGGCAAGAAAUGUGGCGAAGUCAACUAUUACACCAAUGUGACAUCUAUGAUGGACUUUAUUCAAUCCUUAGUGGAUGGUCAACUACCACCACAAUUCUUCGAAUGUGACAAGGGUCAGAGGUCAAUUUGGUCCGAUCAGGUGUGUGAUGGGUACUUUGACUGUGAGGAUCACAGUGAUGAACUGCACUGUGAGUGUUCCGAUACCCAGUUUCGUUGUGACAACGGUUUGUGUAAAAUGGAUUUUUACUACCGCUGCAACAAUAGGGAUGAUUGCGGAGAUGGCAGUGAUGAGCGCAACUGCAGUUACUUUCCCUGUGGUGAUGGCAGACAGAUUUCCCAACAGAUGGUGUGCGAUGGUGAAAUUGAUUGCUAUACAUGGAGAGAUGAGACAAAUUGUGAGUGUAGCCCAACCGAGUUCCGUUGCGAUAACUCCAUCUGUGUGCCUGCCUUCUGGAGGUGUGAUGGUUUUGAUGACUGCUUAGAUGCUAGUGAUGAACUCAACUGCAUUUGCAAUGAUGAUCAGAUGGAUUGUGGAAACUCCCGCUGUGUCCCCAAAAACCUGAUGUGCGACGCAGUGGAUGACUGUGGGAACUUCAAAGACGAAGCAAAUUGCACCUGUUUUUCGGAUCACCUGCCCUGCAAGUCCUUGGGCGUUUGUCUGCAGGCUGACCUGUACUGGAUGUGUGAUCUGACUUCGUAUGAUGACAUCGGCGACUCAGCAAGGAGCACAACACCGGGUUUCAAUUCCUCAUUGUUUUUGUGAAUUCAAGUAUGUCAUGUAUAAAGCUUAUAACCCUAACAAUCCCAAACACAUCAAAAUCCACAACCUGGUUUUGGUGGCUUUUGGUGAAUUUUGUCAGAUAUGAUACAGUACACAAAUAUUCCAUAUACAAACUCAAGGUGAGGGUCCCUUCAAUGUAAUGGUUUUAGUACAAGACUGUGCUCCAUUCAAUGAAAUCGAAUUGGAAUGUGUUCUAGGGUCCGAUUUAUUAGGCACUUUUUUGGCCAAAAUUUAAAAAAAAA